AUGCGGAUCCUCAUCGUCGACACUCUGCGACCGGGGUCAGACCACGACGCCCACGUCUGGAGAACUACGUCGUGGUUGCGUCGUCGGUUCCUGGAGGGGCAUAUUGCCAAGGCCGGCGAACACCUCCUCGGUGACAGCGGCUACCCCCUGGAACCAUGGCUGCUGACCCCAGUCACAGGCCACCCUCCCAUACACACUGCAGAAGGCAGGUACAGCACUGCACAUGCUGCCAUGCGGUCCGUAGUGGAGUGGUGCAUUGGGCUUCUGAAGAGCCGCUUUCGCUGCCUUCAGCGGUACCGCACCCUCCAAUACGAACCAGACCGUGCUGCCAACAUCGUUGCAGCAUAUGCAGUGUUGCACAACUUGUGUCUUGACGAACGUGGCGUGUUGGAUGAUGUUAGUGAUGACAGCAGCAGCAGCAGCAGUAUUGAUGAAAAUGGCAACCCCUCCCCACAGAGUUCCCCGAGUGAGGGCAGCAUGCAUAAUUUACUUGAAAGGCUGUCCUGCCCGGGUUAA